UCGCACGCCCGCCACCAUGCAGUCUACAAUCCUGUUACCAUUCAUGGUAGCCACCGUCAUGGGGGCAGUCACGCUGCAUCACGUCCCCUCACCUGUGCUCUACUCCAACCUUAACCUCAACAUCCCAUCACCCGUGCCGGCUGGCGAAGCACCUGCCUCUGAUCAAGUGGUUCAGCACAUCCCUGUUCAAGCGAUCGGUCGUCCAGUCUUCUCUUUCACUCCCCAGAUCACUGAGGUUCGUCCCCAACUCAAGAUCACUGACAAGUCCUUCGACGUCCCCGUGCCCAAGGCUGUCUACAAAACCCAGGAAAUUACUCCGAUCCACCACAAGUACGUGGCUGAGCCCUAUGCUGUGCCUCAUCCCUACGUUGUUCCCCAGCCCUAUGCCCUACCUAUUGCUCACCCCGUGCAUCACAUAGCUACUGCACCUGCUUUCGCCCACACUGCUGUGGCUUACGGUGCUGCUCCCGCUAUCACCUACGGUGUCGUCAAAUCCUAACUGUCGAAACUGAGUGCAGAAAGAAUGACAAGAAGGCAAGUGGUUGUGGGAAUGGAGGUGGUGAGAGACCUUUGCAGGUAGUCUCUCCAUAGUCUCCCACCUCCACUCGUGUAAUCGCUGUGAAGUGUGAAUUUUUGUAUAAGUCUUAUAAAAUAAAAUGUACAUUAAAC